AUGGACUACUAUGUUCAACGUGCGAUGGCGCAAGGCAUGUAUGCCGCCCUGGAUGCUUUCGUUCAGAGUGCUGCUAUGAAAGUGGACUGGACGCAGCGUCAGAGCGUUGUUGAUCGACUACGCCAAUGGAUCCGACAUCGAUUUGUCCCGGCGGUCGGUCUCUCAACACCAAGCGAAACGAUCGACUGGGAGAGUACAGCUCUUGAGCGUCUUGCAAAGCAAAGGAUAAGGCAUCUUCUCGAUUACGUCAAGGCAUGGCCUCAUUCUACCGGAGCAAUACUGGACCUGAGGGAAUGUAUGCACUCGUCAGAAGUGAAGGUCUUGAUUGCAACCUCGUUUACGCGCCAGCUAAGUCGCCGCUUGUUGCAUGCUGGUGUGACAACAUCGGAACUACUCAGCAUUUACAUCAAUAUUAUUAGGGCGUUCAAAACUUUGGACUCGCGUGGUGUGCUUUUGGACAAAGUGGCCAUGCCAUUACGUGCAUAUCUAAGACACCGCGAAGACACUGUCAGAAUCAUCGCAGCCAGUUUUCUCGCGGAUGUUGACGGCGAUGACGACCACACCGACGUUUUGUCCGAAGAGAUAUGCAUCGACCUUGCCAAAGAGAUCAACCUUUCGGAAGGUCAGGCUCUGCAUAUAGAACACAAAGGACUCGAUUGGGAUGAUAUGGAAUGGAUGCCUGAUCCCAUCGAUGCAGGGCCGGAUUACAAGAAAUCAAAAAGCGAGGAUGUCAUGUCAUUCAUGCUGACUCUGUUCGAGCAAGCCGAUUUCAUCAAGGAAGUACAGUCACUUUUGGGAGAACGCUUGUUGACUGUGGGCUUCGACGAUACCGAGCUUGAGAAGGAGAUUCGUCUCGUAGAGCUCUUCAAAUCUCGGUUCGGUGCAGAUCGUUUGCAGUCAUGCGAGGUUAUGCUUCGCGACAUACAAGACUCCAGACGCAUCAACAAUACCCUUCGUCCGAAGGACAAUUUCCCAACAGCUCAAGAAGUUCAUGCUGCUAUUCCCGAAUCUGGCAUCAAGAGUCAGGCACUCAUUGGCAAGUUCAACACACGUGUACCACGUACCGACUCGGCUGACGUACUUUAUCCGUCGCCUGACCAACCUAUGUUUGAGUCUGGCGUCGAUGCCGAAUUGUCUGCAGCUUUCCAUACUCAAAUUCUGUCUUCGUUCUUCUGGCCGAGUCUCCGAGAAGACGAGUUCGCUGUUCCAGCACCUAUCUCGUAUCUACAGAAGAACUUUGAGCAAGACUUUGAACGGAUCAAGAAUCUACGCAAACUCCACUGGCUGUCUGCACUUGGAAAGGCUACGGUUGAGCUUGAACUUGAGGAUCGCACUGUGAAGCUCGAAGGAGUCCAGACGUGGCAGGCGAGUGUCAUCUAUGCAUUCCAAGAUGACAGCCAGGACGCUUCAAUUGUUACUCCAGCAUCAAGAACAGUCGAGCAGUUGGAAGAUUCGCUUCAAAUGGAGGAAGUGCUCGUCCGCAACGCGCUUGCAUUCUGGGUUGGUCAUCGAGUACUGGUCGAAAAUGAGCCGGGUGUCUUCACUGUCCUUGAACAGCUGCCGUCUGCUGAUCAGAACCAAACCACGGGACCUUCGGGUCAUGCACCGAUGCAGGCUGAUGCUAUAAUCUCGGCAGUCAAGUCUCAAGAUGCCGUACUCCAGGACAACAAGCUCAUGUACGAGAUGUUCAUGUUGGGCAUGCUGACCAACGGAGGAGCAAUGGAUGCUGCACGUAUCACGAUGAUGAUGAAGAUGGUUGUGCCUGGCGGUUACACCUUUGGUGAGGAUGAAACACGAUGGUUGCUCUCUGGCUUGGAAGAGCAAGGCAAGGUGAUUGCCAACGGCAGCAAUUACGCAGUCAAGAAGUGA